AUGAAGCGGCUCAUUGGCCGUGCAGACACUGAUCCUGUGGUUCACGCUAGCAAGAACCUUCCUUUCUUGGUUCAAACUCUUGACAUUGGAGUCAGACCGUUUAUCGCGGCUUUGGUGAACAAUGCUUGGAGAUCUACGACUCCUGAGGAAGUUUUAGCGAUAUUCCUUGUGGAAUUGCGUCUAAUGGCUGAAGCUCAGUUGAAACGGCCUGUGAGAAAUGUGGUACUCACGGUUCCGGUUUCGUUUUCUAGGUUCCAGCUCACACGGAUUGAACGUGCUUGUGCUAUGGCUGGACUUCAUGUACUUCGUUUGAUGCCAGAACCAACUGCAAUUGCGUUACUUUAUGCGCAACAGCAGCAGAUGACUACGCACGAUAACAUGGGAAGCGGAAGCGAGAGGCUUGCGGUUAUAUUCAAUAUGGGUGCUGGUUAUUGCGAUGUUGCUGUUACUGCAACUGCUGGUGGUGUUUCACAGAUAAAAGCUUUAGCUGGAAGCCCCAUUGGAGGAGAAGACGUUUUGCAGAACACAAUGCGCCAUAUUGCGCCACCAACUGAAGAAGCUUCGGGGUUGCUCCGUGUAGCGACACAGGACGCUAUUCACAGGCUAUCGGAUCAAGAAAAUGUCCAAAUUGAAGUGGAUUUGGGAAACGGUAACAAGAUUUCCAAGGUUCUUGAUAGAUUGGAGUUUGAGAAAGUGAACCAGAAGGUAUUUGAGGAAUGUGAGAGACUUGUUGUGCAGUGUCUGCGAGAUGCGAGAGUCGAGGUUGGUGAUAUCGAUGAUGUGAUAAUGGUUGGAGGGUGUUCUUACAUCCCGAAAGUAAGAACUAUUAUCAAGAACGUGUGCAAGAAAGACGAGAUUUACAAAGGCGUGAAUCCGUUAGAAGCUGCGGUUAGGGGAGCUGCCUUGGAAGGUGCGGUGACUUCAGGGAUUCAUGAUCCGUUUGGGAGCUUAGAUCUCUUAACCAUACAAGCCACACCUCUUGCAGUUGGAGUAAGAGCUAACGGAAACAAAUUCAUACCCGUGAUUCCGCGUAACACGAUGGUUCCAGCGCGGAAAGACCUCUUCUUCACAACGGUUCAAGACAACCAGAAAGAAGCUCUGAUCAUUAUAUACGAAGGAGAAGGAGAGACUGUUGAAGAGAACCAUCUUCUUGGGUAUUUCAAGAUAGUUGGGAUUCCGCCGGCGCCUAAAGGUGUUCCGGAGAUCAAUGUUUGUAUGGACAUCGAUGCGUCGAAUGCUUUACGGGUUUUUGCAGCUGUGUUGAUGCCGGGAUCUUCGACUCCGGUGGUUCCUGUGAUUGAGGUGAGGAUGCCUACAGUUGAUGAUGGACAUGGUUGGUGUGCUCAAGCUUUGAAUGUGAAAUAUGGAUCUACUCUUGAUUUGAUUACUCUUCAGAGGAAGAUGUAAGAUUAAAAUAAAAUGGUGUUAAAGUGAUAGAUUUUAGAUUAUGAUGUAAGAUAUGAGAAUGUUUCGUAUAGAGAAGAGUUUGUGUGUUUUGGGUUUGUUGUUGAAGUGGUAAACAAUGUUUAUCUGUGUAAUGAAGUAAUAAUGUUUCUGCAGAUUUGUAUAAUAAACUAGAGAGUUUGGGCACC